AUGUCGUUCCAAGUCCCGGAUUACGGCGAAGAGCAACUAACACAGCCAUCUUUGGAUGGUGACAUGUCCGAGCCACAAGGCCUUACCAUGCAUCAUCUCCUUGGGCUGAUGUACGAGCUCGACUAUAGGAUUGGUGAAAUACGUCCCGCUGGUAACAAUGGACCUAUUACAAUCUACCUCGGCGGAGAUGCAGCUGGAGUUUUCAAUGGUGCCAGGAAUCGAUCGGCCAACGGCCUUUGCGUAUUCGCGGCAACGCCACCGGAGUCGAGCCUGAUCUCGCAAGUCGCGAGCAGUAUCGAAGCUGGGAGUGAGCUAAAGAUGCACUUGUCCGACCAAAACCUGCAAGAUGCGAUGGACGAGGUGCCACAGAUCGUGCAGAGACUCGUCGUAGACGCAGCCAGCAUCGAGCCUAUCUACUCCUCUCCCAAUAUUAAGGUAAUCGUUCCACGCUGGGAAAUACCUUAUGCAAUUAAGAUGCACGAGCUUGCCUUUGAUAACCACGAGGACCGUGCAUUGAGGUGGUUGCCUCAAUUCCUCCUCUGCUACUUGCUUGCAACUACAACAGGUCCCUCGCAAGGCUACCUUCUGGAAUCGUCGGUCCAGGGGCACGUCCGAGCCUUGCACCUGGAAGAAAAGAGGCUUAUUCACCGCUCUACUUUCGACAAGGUGAACCGUAAGUAUAAAGAACGUUUCAACAUCGAGCCAAUUCUCUUUGAAGAAUAG